AUGCGCACCAGCCUGCCAGGUGAACCUUGCGUCGAGAGCCUUUUAGUGUAUUUUCUCAACAUUUCUGAAAGCGGCGAGGAAGACGAGGACAUUUUCCUCAAAUAUGAAAUUGAUAAAAGCAAGAAUGAUGGGCUUGACUACCACUUCGACGGGGUCGUUCGGAAGAAGCAGGAACGACAGAAACUCCAUGGGACGGACUGCCUGUGCUGUCGCGAUUAUUAUGAUGCAGUCGGACCUCUUCCGUCCCGACUUCAACCUCCGCUGUGGAGGUCUCCGAGCCCAUCGGAAUCGCCGUCUUCGGGACGGAAAGCCCAGGACCGCACUGGGACCUACUCUCCCACAUCGCCAAACAGGGAUAGGACGAUCAAAGGUCAUCAGCAGGAGGUCUCACGCCACCGGCACAAUUGGGCCCCGCCUUCCACACCACCAGACUAUUGGACUAUCGGUUUCCCCGAUACACAACAAACGAAGGAGAUCAAUGAGAGAGCGAGACAGAUGAGAGCAGAAAAGCGUAAACUCAUCGAGGAAGACGCGAAGUAA